AUGCUGAAUACGGUAGCAUUGUCCAACGGCGGCCUACGCCACCUAUUGGAAUAUGCCAUCUCUCAACGAGAGCAGACGCCCGGUCUGACAGCUCAGGAGCUAUUCAGCCUCAUAAUGCGCUCGAAGGAUGAUCUUGAAAAGAAUAAACGAAUCCUUACAUCAACCGAUAAAAAAUUUUUUUUCGCUCAAAGCUACCAAGACUAUGGAAGAAUACAAGAGGAGGACGGAACUUGUCUGGAUAGCACCGCUGUUGGACCGUGGAGACUAGGAAACGAUCCCAUCAUGAUCCUCAGGAAUGGGCUUUGCCAUCGGGCCGCACCUCAAAACGACAGACUUGAUAGCAGAGACGCCCAGGGGGCAAAGCAAAAAUAA